GCCUACGGCAGUCGAAAACGUGCACACUCUUCGACUUCGCUCCUUAUCCGUCGAAUGGUGUUGUGAUCCAGUGGGAAACGGAAUCACUAUGGAGAAAUGUCAAACAGAAGGAUGUGAGAACGCAGCCAAGCUGCAAUGUCCAACGUGUCUGAAGCAAGGUAUCGAGGGCUCCUUCUUCUGCAAUCAGCAGUGUUUCAAGAGCUCCUGGAGCGUUCACAAGUCAGUUCACAAAGCGACUCCGAAGUCCAACGGCGACGCCAAGUACAACCCAUGGCCCCACUAUAAUUUCUCGGGACGACUCCGACCUGGCCGAGUGGGUCCGAUGAGAGAUGUACCCGCUCACAUCCUGCGACCCGACUACGCCGAUCAUCCCGAAGGGAUCGCCGUAUCGGAACAAGCGAUGAAGGGAGCCGAAAUCAAAGUUCUCUCGGCUGCCGAAAUCGAGGGCGUCAGAGUGGCCUCGAAACUCGCGAGAGAAUGUCUGGACACGGCGCUGAGGGCUGCGAAGCCUGGCGUCACGACAGACGAACUGGACAGACUAGUUCACGAAGCAGCCAUCGAACGCAAUUGCUAUCCCUCUCCCUUGAAUUACUAUCUGUUCCCGAAGAGCUGCUGCACUUCGGUGAACGAAGUGAUUUGCCACGGAAUUCCGGACGAUCGAGUCCUCGAAGACGGUGACAUUCUGAACGUCGACGUCACGGUGUACCACAAAGGAUUCCACGGGGAUCUGAACGAGACCGUCUUCAUCGGCAACGUCGACGACGCCGCCAAGAACCUCGUCCGUGUGACGUACGAGAGCCUCCAGAAGGCGAUCGAGAGCUGUCGGCCCGGAGUUCUCUAUCGUGACAUCGGCAACGUGAUCCAGAAACACGUACAACCGCACGGAUAUUCCGUCGUGAAGUCCUAUUGCGGACACGGAAUUCACUCGUUAUUCCACACAGCGCCGAGCGUUCCCCACUACGCGAGGAAUAAGGCUGUAGGAGUGAUGAAGCCCGGACACAUUUUCACGAUCGAACCGAUGAUUUCGGAGGGUAGUUACAAGGAUGAGGUUUGGCCCGAUAACUGGACGGCUGUGACGAUCGACGGUAAACGCUCCGCGCAAUUCGAACAGACGCUGCUCAUCACGGAGACCGGUGUGGAGAUUCUAACCCGUCGGCGUGAGAAGAACGGCCAACCCUGGUUCAUGGACCAACUCGAAGCGGAAUCUAAGUCGUGAUGAUGUCUAGUCUCAUCCUGUGGCUGGUAGAGAAAGCAAGAAUACUCGGCGAGGUGUGUGAAGCAGUUCGAUCAAAGGGGUCUGCUGAGAGUGGAGGGAAGGAGUCUCUUCUUGUUUCCCGAGGGGAAACUGACGGAUCUCCCUCCUGUCGGAAAUUUUCGUCUGUUUAACUCAUGCGUUUGUAUAUCUAGCGCGUCAAUAUAAAAAUGUUAAAUUAAGCCAUGGAAAUAAAAACAAGCGAGA